AAUGAGUUUGGGAAAGUGUGUGAAAGUCAAAAAAUGAGACUGAGUGCGCUGGUUUUAGCAGCGUUUUGUGGCCUGGUGGCCCAAAGUCAAGGGGAAGGAACUCCUGGUAGUCACGCCCACCUCUUCAGCGACGAGGUCAGCAACAUCGCCUUUCCCGAGGGAUUCAUGUGGGGCUACGCUUCGGCUGCUUACCAAGUCGAAGGCGCUUGGGAUGAGGAUGGGAAAGGUGAAAGCAUUUGGGAUUUCGACGCCCACAACAACCCGGAUUGGUUUCCAGAAGGCCAAAACGGCGAUGUUGGUUGCGAUGCCUAUCAUAACACUGAAGUGGACAUUGAGCUGCUGAAGCGCCAGGGCGUGAACACUUACCGAUUCUCGAUCUCAUGGCCCAGAGUUCUUCCCACUGGACGCAUAGACAACAUCAACGAAAAAGGCCUGGCCUACUAUCGCGACCUCAUACAGAAACUCAAGGAAAACAACAUCGAGCCUCUGGUCACCAUGCACCAUUGGGACAAUCCGCGUAUUAUUGAAGAUGAAGGCGGAUUUUUGAACGAGGAUAUUAUUCCGGCCUUUGUCGACUAUGCGACCCUCCUGUUCGAGAACUUUGGGGAAGAUGUUAAGUGGUGGGCGACUUUCAACGAGCCGAAGCAAACCUGCUCUGGAGGUUAUGACUCUGGCGGCUUCUCCCCCCAGAACCUACAUCCGGGACGGGGCGCCUACAUUUGUGCCCACAACUUGCUGCGGGCGCAUGCCAAAGCCUACAGAGUGUACGACGAGCGCUUCAGAGCCACCCAGAAAGGAAAAGUUUCGAUGGUAAUCGACGAGUCUUGGGUGGAACCCGCCACUAAUUCCAGCGAAGACAUUCUGGCCGCGGAACGCGGCAGUCUUACCACUUACGGUUGGUAUGCCCAUCCCAUUGUUUAUGGCGAUUAUCCGGAAGUGAUGAGGGAAAGAGUGGAUAGGCGAAGCGCCGAGCAGGGACUGAGUGAGUCGAGGUUGCCCUCAUUUACCGAAGAAGAAAAGGAGGAGCUGAAAGGCAGCUACGACUUUCUGGCAGUAAACAUGUACACAACAGUGCUGGCCACUGAUAAAGAGGAGGCCCCAGUCGAGGAAAUUAGUCUGGGGGCAGACUUUCGCGUGCGCACCUAUCAGCCGGACGAUUGGGAGAAAACAGUAUCUGAUUGGUUCAAGGUGGUUCCUUGGGGGGCUCGCCAUUUGGUGCGCUGGAUUCGCGACACUUAUGGCGACGAGAAGGGCAUCAUUGUCACUGAAAAUGGAUACACCGAUUCGGGAAAUGUGAUGGAGGAUUUGGAUACCAGAGGACGUUACCACAAGAUGUACUUGAGCAACCUAAACGAUGCCAUUUACAAGGAUGACGUGAAUCUCAUUGGCUACGUGGCCUGGAGCUUGAUGAAUGACGUCGAGUGGUAUGCGGGAUGGACAAACAAUCUGGGGCACUACCAUGUGGACUUCAACAGCCCCAACAGGACAAGAACGCCCAAAGAAUCAGCCGCCUACUACAGGAAGGUGGUGACUAGCAACUGUUUGGUAGAAUCUUGUGAGCCAUCCGUCAAAAAAAUCCAACUGCUUUAAAUUGAUUUUAAAAAAAAUUAACCAUGAA